AUGUCCGCAUCCAGAUACCAGAGGAGCCUGCUCAGCUUCCCACGCCAGUUGAGCCGCCAAUGCCUUCGAACCCCUCGCCGGUUUCCUCAUCGCCGUCUGUGUGCUCGAACUGUCUCGUCCUACACUGCCCCAUACCAGGCAGAGGCUAUAUCGGUGAUAAAGAGCAACGUGGAUACGUCUUCGGACGAGUUUAGGGAAAAUGAGCGGCUCAUGGGCGAGGCGAUGGCUCGCCUGGAGCUACUAACGAGCGCCGCGCAGCAGGGCGGGCCUGCGAAGGCGAGGGAUAAGCACAUCGCGAGGAAGAAGAUGCUGCCGCGAGACCGUGUUACCUCCCUAGUAGAUCCGGGCACGACCUUCAUGGAGCUAUCGCCCCUCGCCGGCCACGAGCUCUAUCCCGAAGCAGACGUGCCCGCGGGGGGCAUCAUCACCGGCGUCGGUGUCGUAGAAGGCGUUACGUGUGUGAUUGUGGCUAACGACAGUACGGUCAAGGGUGGCACAUACUACCCGAUUACUGUGAAGAAGCAUCUGAGGGCCCAGGCUGUCGCUCAGGAGAAUAACUUGCCCUGCAUAUACCUAGUAGAUUCGGGCGGCGCGAACCUCCCACACCAGUCGGACGUGUUCCCGGACCGCGAGCACUUCGGCCGCAUCUUCUACAACCAGGCGAGGAUGAGCGCCCAGGGCAUCCCCCAGAUCUCCGUAGUCAUGGGACUCUGUACGGCGGGCGGGGCCUACGUCCCUGCCAUGAGUGAUGAGAACAUCAUCGUGGAAGGCCAGGGCCACAUUUUCCUGGCCGGACCGCCGUUAGUUAAAGCUGCUACCGGCGAAGAAGUGUCCGCUGAGGAACUCGGUGGUGGCGCGAUGCAUACCUCGGUUUCGGGUGUCUCGGAUUAUCUCGCCGUAGACGACGCGCACGCCAUCGUGUUGGCGAGGAGAUGCGUCAGCAACCUGAACUGGCCGCGCAAGGCCGCGCCGUCGCCCCAAAGCUACUCUGAGCCUUUGUAUCCGACCUCGGAACUCCUGGGCCUAGCCUCGACGAACCUCCGCAAGCCCUUACCGAUACGUGAGGUGAUCGCGCGGAUCGUCGACGGCUCCCACCUCGCCGAGUUCAAGCGCGACUUCGGACCGACCCUGGUGACAGGCUUCGCAAGCAUCUACGGCCACCGCGUGGGUAUCGUGGCCAACGACGGGAUCCUGUUCGGAACGUCGUCACAAAAAGGCGCGCAUUUCAUCGAGCUGUGCGCGCAGCGCGGCAUCCCCCUCGUCUUCCUACAGAACAUCAGCGGAUUCAUGGUUGGGGCCCAGGCAGAGCGUGAGGGCAUCGCCAAGCACGGCGCGAAGCUGGUGACGGCGGUUGCCUGCGCUGACGUGCCCAAGUUCACCGUGGUGGUGGGCGGUAGCUACGGCGCGGGAAAUUACGGCAUGUGCGGACGCGCGUACGGACCCCGAUUCUUGUGGAUGUGGCCGAACGCGCGGAUCGGCGUCAUGGGCGCCGAGCAGCUGGCCAACGUGAUGGCGUCGGUGAGCCAGAGGGGCGGCGCCGGCGCCGGCGACCCGGACCUGGUGAGCCGGAUCGAAGGUGAGAGCGAUGCUGUCUACUCGUCGGCGAGGCUGUGGGACGACGGCGUAAUCCCGCCCCAGCAUACGCGGCGGUACCUGGGCCUAGGCCUGCGGGCCGCGCUGUCGGGUCGGAACGAAGUGCGUCCCGGUGACACCAGAUUUGGGGUCUUCCGGAUGUAA